AUGAAACCUGAUGGUUCUGAAAAGGAAUUCACACAGGAUACCAGUGGGGUUGGCGAAGAAAAAGAAUCACAGGAAGGUAAAGAAGAUGAAGAUGUGACUAAUUUAGAUUUUGAAGAAAUAUCUGAUGGAGAACUUGAAGAAGAAAGAACACGAGCCGGGUUAGGUGAUGCAUUGGGCGUGGACUGGGCAAGUUUGGGUGCUGAUGCGCGCCGACGCGAACAAUUUCCCCCCUUGGAGGUGCGCGCGAUCGUUGGCGACCUGAAAGGGUACUGGCCCGGCUUGGUCUGUCUUUAUAUAUGGCUGGCAAAGAUGCAGUACAGAGCAUAUUAA